GGUCCCAGGCACCCCCGUGGUCCCAGCUCCAGCAGCAGGGCCCAACCAGUCAGCGAGCAGCUCUGCGAGCUCCGCAGGACCUGCUUUCCCCUGGGUCCGACGUUUCGUUCCGGGGAAACCAGCUCCGCCCGCUGGCCGGCCCCGCCCCGCCUUGGUUGUGCAGAGGGGACGCGGGAGGUGACCUCGGCCGCAGCCCGCUGCACAGCAUGACCGCUGCCCCCGGCCCUCAGCACCCGCCCGCCUCGCCCGCCUCAGCCUCCUGGGUGCUCUGACCGCCGCCGCUCGCCAUGCGGCCCCCACCCGCGGCCGCCCUGGGCGCCGCACUGCUGCUGCUGCUGCUGCUGCUGGCUUCGGAGCCGGCGCAGGCGCUGCUGCUGCGGGCCCGAGAGGCCGCGCAGUUCCUGCGGCCGAGGCAACGCCGGGCCAACCAGGUCUUCGAGGAGGCCAAGCAGGGCCACCUGGAGCGGGAGUGCAUCGAGGAGCUGUGCAGUCGCGAGGAGGCCCGGGAGGUGUUCGAGAACGACCCUGAGACGGAAUAUUUCUACCCAAGAUACCAAGAGUGCAUCAAUAAGUAUGGAUCUCGAUACAUCAAACACCCAGACUUUGUCACAUGUGUCCAGAACCUGCCUGACCAGUGCACGCCAAAUCCAUGUGAUAAGCAGGGGACCCAGGUCUGCCAGGACCUCAUGGGCAAUUUCUUCUGCCUGUGCAGAGCCGGUUGGGAGGGCCGGCACUGUGACAGAGAUGUGGACGAGUGUGGACAGCAGAAUGGGGGCUGUGGCCAAGUCUGCCUCAACACACCAGGCAGCUUCCAUUGUGCCUGCCACAGCGGCUAUGCACUCAGCCAGGACGACAACCGGACCUGCCAAGACAUAGAUGAGUGUGCGGACACAGAGGCCUGUGGGGAGGCGCGCUGCCAGAACCUGCUGGGCUCCUACACCUGCCUCUGUGAUGAGGGCUUCAAAUACAGCACCCAGGACAAGGCCUGCCAAGAUGUGGAUGAGUGUGUGCAGGGACGCUGUGAACAAACAUGCACCAACACCCUGGGCAGCUAUACCUGCCACUGCAAUGGUCGAGGGGGUCUCAAGCUGUCCCCCAACAUGGAUACCUGUGAGGACAUCUUGCCUUGUGUGCCCUUCAGUGCAGCCAAGAGCAUGAAGUCCUUGUACCUGGGCCGCAUGUUCAGCGGGGCUCCAGUGAUCCGGCUGCGUUUCAAGAGGCUGCAGCCCACCAGACUAGUGGCUGAGUUUGACUUCCGGACCUUUGACCCUGAAGGCAUCCUAUUCUUUGCUGGAGGCCACUUGGACAGCACCUGGGUGGUCCUGGGCCUGCGGGCCGGCCGGCUGGAGCUACAGCUACGCUACAAUGGCGUUGGCCGUGUCACCAGCAGUGGGCCAGUCAUCAACCAUGGCCUGUGGCAGACAAUCUCUGUGGAGGAGCUGGAUCGAAACCUGGUGAUUAAGGUCAACAAGGAUGCUGUGAUGAAGAUUGCAGUGGCUGGGGACCUUUUCCAGCUGGACCGAGGCCUGUACCACCUGAACCUCACAGUGGGGGGCGUUCCCUUCCCAACCCGGGACCUUGUCCAGCCUAUCAACCCUCGCCUGGAUGGCUGCAUGAGGAGCUGGAGCUGGCUGAAUGGGGAAGACAGCACCAUCCAGGAAACGGUGAAAGCAAACGCGAAGAUGCAGUGUUUCUCAGUGACGGAGAAGGGGUCCUUCUUCCCUGGCAGCGGAUUUGCUUUCUACAGCCUCAGCUACACUUUCAUCGCAGCUCGGACAUCCCUGGACACGGGGACCGGAGGAACCUGGGGAGUGGAGGUUGUGGCUCGCAUCCGCCCCGCGGCUGACACGGGAGUGCUGCUUGCACUGGUAGGCGGCAACCACACCGUGGCCCUGUCUGUGGCCCUGGUCGACUACCACUCCACAAAGAAGCUCAAGAAGCAGCUGGUGGUCCUGGCGGUGGAGGACAUCGCCCUGGCCCUGAUGGAGAUCAAGGUGUGUGACGGUCAGGAACACGUGGUCACUGUGUCCGUGAAGGAGGGUGAGGCCAACCUGGAGGUGGAUGGCACCAAAGGUCAGAGCGAACUGAACACCGCCCAGCUGAAAGAAAGGCUGGCCCUGCUGGGGACACACCUACAGGGCGCAGUGCUCACCUUCGUCGGGGGCCUGCCAGAUGUGCCUGUGACCUCAGCCCCAGUCACCGCCUUCUACCACGGCUGCAUGACACUGGAGGUCGGUGGGAAGCCCCUGGACCUGGAUGAGGCCACAUACAAGCACAGUGACAUCACCACACACUCCUGUCCACCCGUGGAGCACGCUGCACCCUAGACCCACUGCAGGGACCUCCCGGGGACUCUUGUCCCACCAUUCAGCAGAAGGCACACCCCUGCACACCAAGCAGCUGGCUGCACUGGCGAGCUGUUCUCCUGGAGGCCCUCUGGGCUGCAAUGUAGUUGUAAAUAAUGUCAGCAUUGAGGCUAUGCUCGGCCGCAGGGCGACCGAGCUCCUGGGGGGACACAUGGGGGCAGCAGCUCGAAGCAGAGUGGACUGAGGAAAUAGUUCUCUAUUAUUUUUAUUACCACACGCUUCUGACUCUAAAAUACGGAGAAUAAAAUGUUUAGAGAAACCUUUUUAACCCUG